AUGUUUGGAAGGGUGAGAGUAGUAAUGGAUGGGGCAAUGGCAGUGCUAAGAGGAGGGUUUAAAGUUGGAUCAAAUGGAGUUGUAGGACUAGUUGAUGGGACUAAUGUAUUUUGGGGUAGGAUAAUAGUAGGUGGGCUUGGAGGGGAGAAAUACUUCCCUAUCUUCAUUUCAUUUGCCCCCUUUCUUUCUCUCUCUCCUCCAGGCAAUGAAACGGUGGUUGAGAUUGUAGGGAUAUCUUGGAUAGGAAUGUUAAGGCUUGAAGGGGCUAAAGUUUGGGAUGGGAUUGUAGGAAUUGCAAUUGCUGGGGCUAAUGUUUGGUUUUCAAGGCUUGAAGGGGCUAAUGUUGGGCAUUAA